AUGUUCAUAUACAUAAGAUGUGAAAAUACCCAACUUUUAGGGCUAUACCUCUCUGCCGGCUACUCAACCACUGAUGUUGAAAUGCUACGUAGCGAAACACCCCGGGACGUCCUAGAACGUGCCGGAUUUCUCUCAGCGAACGCGGCGACGGACAUCGCCAGCAGACUUCAAAUUGCAUUUGAAAGAAUUCUACCAAAGGGCUUACAAUGCCGAAUUGUAUUGAUGCCAGAAAUGAGCGAACCUGGAUCAGCCUUUAUGAGGGUAGAAUGGUUUGGUAAAAAUGAGGCCCUUAAUCACACGAAGUUACAAUGGCAUACCGGUUGGGCUGAAAAGGUAUGGUAUGCAUGA